AUGACUGAUGUCCCAUCCACUUCUGCAUCAGUGCCUAUUGCAACAGAACAACCGGACACAAUUCGAGCUGAAAACAAAAGUAGGAAACCUAUCAGGAAUGAUGACAAGGAACCUUUUGUCUUACCUCCUAAGCGACCAAGAUAUAAGACUGAGAAUGCAAGAUUGGCAAAAGCAGCUAGUAGUAAUAAGCAGUUCACAACCUACCGUCGGAUAGCUCAAGCUAAUCACCUUAGUAAGAAAGUAUCUGUGAUAACGAUGACAGGGAAGUAUCCGGUUGUUCCCCAACAUCUUCCUUAUAACUCCGCAGUAGCUCCCCAACACCUACCGUACAAUAGUCCUGUACUUCCCCAACAUUUGUCAUUUAACUCACCAUCAGCUCCCUUGAGUAAUUCAGUUUUAUUCCCUGUGAAGCGGUUGUGUCCCAGAAAAAUGGAUUCUUUCGAAGAUGAAGCCCAAACAGAACUGGUAGAAACUAUUAAACAAAAAAUUUUGAAUGAUACAGCCAGACGACAGGCGGAAGCCAACGGAGCACGGUCACGCAUAGAAAGAACUACAUCUUCUACUAACAGUAACCAUGUUAACAUUAAUAAUACUAACACCAAUACUAAUAAUAUUACUAAUAAUUUAUCUACUGAAAGCAGCACUAGUUCCUCUAAUAUUCCAUCUUUUGCUAUCGCCACUAAUCUUUCUAAUAAUACUCCUACUACUUCAACUGUCUGCGAACAUAAUGACAACAAAACUGGACUGAAGUGCAAACAAAGAGCCAUUCUCUGCUAUAGAUACUGUAUUAGGCAUAUUCUAUGGGAUCCUAGAGCGCCAUACACUCAAUGUGAACAUCUAUGCCGUCCUCGAAAUAAAAAAUCCGAAGUUUCGCGUUGUACGAAUGCUGUUAGGAAUGAUAGCGGAGAGGUACUUUGCAGUACCCAUCUCAUCAUGUACGGAAUGAAGAAUGUCAGGAAGAAAAAAAUGCAAUACACCGACUAUUAUUAUGAGGACUACUACAACUCACCCAACAGCAAUGGAGAAUAUAUGUAUUUGACUUCUGCUCGGAGCCCUUCUCCCAAUUCACCUAAUCAAGCAUCGACAGGGAAAAUGAUGAAAACUACUCUAUCUGAACCACCUCUUCCUCCAAUACAAAUUCCUCAAUUGCCCCAAUUAGGACAAACAGAUUUCACUGAUUCGACAUAUGAAACUAAAAGACCUGUCUAUAAUUUUGUGCCAGCAUAUAAUAACCAGGAGUUCGUACCUAUAUCCAGUAAAAGUAUAAUCCGAAAACCUCCUCUGCCGGAAAGAGAGAAAAGCCCAAUUUUCAUUAUUAGCGAUAAGCUAUCGAAAUCAAUGAUUCCCCAAAUUAGUUGUGAUACAAAUGGACGUUCCGACGAUCCGAAAAGCUUAGUCGAACCUCCUACGACAAAUAGCAUCCAAGUUACUCGUGCUCUUAAUGGAUCGGAUGUUACAAAAUCUAAAACCACUACUGCUUCUACGAUUGAUACUAUAAUUGAGGAAGUGCGAUUAGCUGCUCGCCGAUCAGUGCAAGCACGGGCUGAAUUAGCUGAAAGUAAAAAUCUGUCGAAGUUAACCCCCAGUCCCCGUAAGAUUACAAAGAGGAUACUGAAAAAAACUCCUAAUGACGAUGACGUGAUUGAUAUCAUAGCCCCCGGUUCUGUGAACUACCAGAGUACAGCCGUACCUGAUAAUAUAGUCAGAGAGUCUUUCGAUGUGAAUAUUGUAAACAGCAGUGAUGCCGUUUAUAUUCAACCAAAAGAGAAAUAUUCUGCAAAGAUCAACAGCUCUACUUCGCAGCAACAGCGACAGUUACUUUUAUCACCACUGCAGCAACAUAAACAACAACAACAUCAAAAGCAGCUGCAUCACCAACAUCAACAUCAGCAACAGGGACAGCCGCAACAACCGCAGCAUCCACGAUCACAACCACAACUACAUCCAAAUGCAAAUUCACAGCACCAACACCAACGGCGACAACAGCAUCUUCAACUACAACAGCACCAACUACAACAGCGGCAUUCACAGCAUCAGCAGAAAUCAGAAAACCAGCAACUACAGCAACAAAAACCAAAGCUCCAGCAACAGGUGCAACAUCAACAAAAGCCCAAAGAAGAGACUGAUGGUUAUUCUGCGACGCUGAAAAGAAAACUUAUCCAAGAGGAGCGAGCUUUAAGGAAGAAACUGAAGAAAACACCUGAUGUAUUCAAUAAGAUGGAGAAGAUACUGAAAGAAAUGUCGAUUGGACCGACUUUCUCUACAGAUGAUUCAGUUGGAGCAGACGUCAAAGAAGGGAAAAAUCUGAGAGAAAUCGUCCGAAAUCUUCAGUCAAAAACGAUGAGAACCAAUCUGACAGAGCUAGAGGCAUUACAGAACGAAGAUGAGAAUAUGUGCUAUUCCCCUUUUAAUUGGUUCGCGCAUGAAGAUUUCAAAGAAGAACUGUUGGAAGCUGACGACGAUUCUUUCACAUUCGUCAACUUCUGUUCUGGGUAUUGGGAUGAGCAGACAUUUUGGGAGAAAAGCAGAAAAGUGAGAAACCGUGAAAUAAGCCAGUAUUCCUAUGAGAAGCUGGCUGGUUUGUUAGUUCGUGUCAACGCUCUCUCUGACCAUAUGAAAAACAGUGAUAUUUCUCAACGAGUACAGAACAGAUUCUCUUGCACUACUCCUGAUUCCCGAGACGGAAUUGAUGUUGAUUACGACGAUUUGAAAAAAUGUCAUCAUGUCGAAAAUAAUAUUCGGUGUAAUAAGAGUUGUCUGCCUUAUGCAAAUCAUUGUAGCAAUCAUGUGUUGUAUAGUGUCAGUCAGCGUUUAUUCUCUUUCUGCACCCACACAUGCUGCAGGAGACCUGUGGUUUCUGUCGAUGUUAUAGUUUGGGAUGGGAAAUGUAGGCUGCACAGAGCAAGUUUAUACGAUAAAUAUGAUUCGGACGGCGAAUUAAUAGUCAAGGAGAUAGAGAGCAGUAACGUUCCUCUGAAUGAACUAUACGGGAAAGGCAAAUAUGACACAGUUCCAUGUGUAACUAGGAAGUGUGAAACAUCUGUAAUAGGUCAAGCAAUCCCUGUUAUGCCUAUUAGUCGUGAACCUCCCGUCGUGCCGAAAAUGAAUGAUAAUUUCUUGCACACGCUCAACACAACCACCCCGGAUAUAGGAGGAAACAAUUCUUUCGAUAACAUGAAAGAUGACACGUUAUAUGAAGGGGAUGGUGAAGUAGGAGACCUUUUAAAGUUCAUAGAUGGUGAGAACGAAGAUUUGGACUCUUUUUCUCUCGAAAUUGAGCAAUGA